AUGGCGUUUGACGAGAGGAACGGACUGGCAGACUUGAAGAUUGAGACUUCGUUUCAUCGUGAGGAAUCUGGAUGGAUGCAUGAAGAUGGAGGGAGGGGAACGACAUCAGAUGGAGAUGGUAUCGAGAGCGACCACACCAACAUAUCCCAUGACUACAACGCGCGCUGCCGCGAUACUGAUGAAGACCACAGUGUGUUAAGUGAUCUCCAUUCAGCGACGCCGCCCAUCUCGGUUCCACGCUCAGAUGACCGCUCUAGGGGCGACGUCAGUUUCCCUCACAAGCCGGAAGAUGUCCCAGGGUCACCGCUCGACAACUAUCUUCAGUCUCGUCGUCCGUCCAUCACCUUCAGCCCCAAUGUUUCGUUGGAUUCCGGUCGUCAACGUCCACUGGAAGAGCCACUGGCGAAAGGGGAUGUGAAGGAUCGCCCACCCCAGAAGUUCGAGUCACGGAGCUCUGGGCUUCGAAACGCACUCUCACAAGACGACGACCCGGCUGAUCCCAAGCCUGGAGCCUGGAGCUCGAGCCCCAAACAGACCCAGGAUCAGCGGAGCUUUCCGACCAGAACCUCCCGAGCGCGAUCUGUUGUGAGCCCUGAGGAUGAUUCAGUUUUGGGCUCGGAGCUCGACCACCCGACCUCCCUGACGUCGCUGUCGACCGCAUCUCCGACCAUGGACGAACUACGAACUCCGCCCGAUCGAAAAGAUAUACUGUCGCCGUUGUGUGUAACAUCACCGACUCAACCCUUUGCAUCACCCGAAGAUCGCAGUUCUUGGUCUGGAAGUAUUACUACUCCUUUUGGGAGCAAGUCACGCAGCUCUACGCUCGAUCGUAGCAGCAGCCUUCGUACCUCUACGCGGCAUGGUUCUCGUAGAUCCACAGCCUCUAGCGGAAAGUCACCCGCUAGCAUGUUUCUCUCUAUGUGGACUGGUCCUGAGGAACCAGUUUCUCAACCAGACGACGAAGGGCAGAUGGUUGGUACCGACUAUGUUCUGGGAAAGCAGAUCGGCUUUGGAGGUUUUAGCACGGUGAAAGAGGCCUACAAGGUGGAAGAGCAUGGCGCCACCAAACGGCUUGCUGUCAAAGUUGUUCGCAAAAAUGUGACGGGACGAAGUGAAAAAGAAAACGACGAAGUGCAAGCCGAAUUUGACCACGAGGUCCGAGUCUGGCGGUAUCUCAGCCACCCUCAUGUUUUGACGCUCGAUGCCGUAUACGAAACGGAUUUCGCCACUUUCUGUUUCACUAAGCUUGCUAUCGGUGGCACACUGUUCGACCUGGUCCGCCAGAACCGCGGUGGGCUGGAUCCAGUUCUCGCCAAGAAAUACUCCUACCAGCUGGCCUGCGCCAUUCGUUAUUUGCACGAAGAUGCUCGAGUGGUUCACCGAGAUAUCAAGCUGGAAAAUUGCCUCCUGGAUCCCGUCGAAACAAGCAACGGCACGAAAUCUUCGACUCUCGUUCUUUGCGACUUUGGAAUGGCGGAAUGGAUGACCACUGACAAUGGCGGCGACUCCCCGGAUCCAUACGACGAUGUCGCAGACCGCCCGCCUCUCAAGCAAAUGGGCCCAGCCGGUUCCAGUACAAGCGUUGCGGGCAGUUUGGAAUACGCCUCCCCGGAGUUGUUGAAUUCGACAAGCGGCGUCAUCCAACCAUCAGUCGACAUUUGGGCCUUUGGCGUCAUCGUCUUCACGGUUGUGGUCGGGUCGCGACCAUUCCAAGACUCGUUUGCUCCCCGCAUUCAGUCAAACAUCCUCGCUGGCAUUUGGAAUCACGAUGCCGUGCUAGGCGAAGUCGCUGAUGAUGUUCUUCGGAAAGACCGACAGGAUGCCCUGGACUUGAUCAAGGGUUGUCUGGAAAUGGACAUGGAGAAGCGGUGGACCAUCCGUGAUAUUCUAUCAUGCUCCUGGCUUCGGGAAGUUGCCGAAACCGCCGAGGAGAGUUCUCCUGAAAGCGCGUGGAAGCUUUGA